AUGUCGAAAGUCGGGGAGACCAUUUCCGUCUACGCUUCUCGACUUACUUCCUCUACUCUCCUAGAAGAUCGACGGGCAGCAUGUUUAGGGCUUCGAAGUUUUGCGAAAGACUAUCCUGCAUCUGUAGCCUCUGAGGCUUUACGAGGGCUAAUUGAAAGCCUGCGCAAAGAUGGUGAGGAUGUUGAUUCCGUCAAAGUGGUCCUCGAGACACUGCUAUUCCUUUUCAAUCCAAAUCGAAACAGUGCCGAAGCAUCGGAGGAGCUUGCGUAUUUCAUAGCGGAUGAGUUCACGACACGGCAAAAUAAUAUAGCAUUACUAUUGGAUUUUUUGGAUACCAAUGAUUUCUAUUCACGUCUAUAUUCAUUACAACUCCUAUCGGUAAUCUUAUCGUCCCGGACUGAGAGAACUGAAGAAUGUAUAUUUACGGCUCCUUUGGGUAUAUCAAGACUGGUCGCGAUAUUGGAUGAUCGAAGAGAGGCAAUAAGAAAUGAAGGGCUCUCCUUAUUAACCUAUUUGACACCAAGUUCCUCGGAACUGCAAAAACUGGUCGCCUUUGAAAAUGCCUUCGAGCGCAUAUUCAGCAUUAUAAAGCUCGAGGGCUCUCUUCAUGAUGGCGAUAGAAUAGUAGAAGAUUGCCUAAUUCUUCUCGCAAAUCUUUUACGGCUCAACGUGUCAAAUCAAUCUUUCUUCCGGGAGACAGGCUGUGUCCCUAAGCUAUCAAAGCUAUUGACCGAUGCAUUAGGUGCCGAAAGUGAAGCUGGGGAGGUAGCCGAAUGGGCUAAAGCUCAACGGAACAGAAACAUAUAUGCUCUACUUGCAGUACUGAGAUUGUUUCUGAUGAUCGGAGGAGCAGGGACACAAGCAAACCAGGCAUCUUUUGCGCACCACAGUGUUCUUAGUCAAGUAUUGCAAUUAGCAUUCAGUCGAUCUACAGAAGUCGAAAUAAAAGCCGAGGCUCUCUCAACUUGUGCGGAUAUAAUUCGAGGCAAUCCAACCCUUCAAGAGAAUUUUGCUCAGCAACAAGUUACCUCGGUGCUUGACGAGCCCUCAGCCAAUAGUAAUGGUCAACCUCAACUCAAUGCCAUCCCAAAGGUCUAUGUAAUCGACGGCUUACUUGAUUUGACACUGAGUAUACCUACCUUGUCCACCUUUGACUCCCGCGCUGCUGCUUGUGGAUGUAUCAAAGCUUAUUUUUACGAUCACCCAGCCAUCCGCAAACAUUUUCUUCGCAGAGCCAUAGAUGGACAUGUUUCCGGGGCCGACGAGACAGCUAAUGUAUUGACGACACUUCUCCAACCUCUAGAUAGUCAUAUAUCGAGCGAUCCAUACCGUUACUGGUUUGCCUCGGUUCUUCUAUUCCAUUUAAUAUUCGAAGACCCUGAGGCGAAAAGUAUGGCGAUGGGCGUUGCUGAGGGCGAUGCCGAGAAUGGAGAGGAAGUAGUAACUUGCAUUCAAUCUAUCACUGCCAAUCUAGUGGUUGGCGUUCACAAGGCUGUAGAUGAGCGCGUCUUGGUUGCGUAUCUUAUGCUGCUUUGUGGGUGGCUAUUCGAAGAUCCUGACGCUGUAAAUGACUUCUUGGGUGAAGGCAGCAAUAUACAAAGUCUGAUUCAGGCUGCGCUGCAUACAGGCGGUGAUGGAGUAAUAGUUCAAGGACUCUGUGCUGUUUUGCUUGGAAUUGUCUACGAGUUCUCCACCAAAGAUUCUCCAGUGCCACGGGCAACAAUUCAUCCGAUUCUUGGCUCAAGUCUAGGAAGAGAUCAAUAUAUAGAUCGACUUACAAAACUAAGAGCACACCCAUUACUGCGAGACUUCGAAGUUCUUCCCCAGAAGCUCAGCUCUGUACUGCCUGGUGGCCUACCAGAUGUGUUUUUCGACAAAUCAUUUGUGGACUUUAUCAAAGACAACUUUAGUCGUUUAUUGCGUGCCAUCGACCGAGAUCCUGGUUUUGAGAUUGCAAUCAUUGCAAAUGGUAUUCAAAAAGGAAUUUCGCGAGAGAUGGUUGACACAUUGAGAUCUGAACUCGAAGAGAAGAAUAAGGCUCUGCUGAAGGUGGAAGAAGAGUUGAUAUCUCUCGGAAGACAACUAGGGCAGGAGCAAGCCGAUCAUCGCAGAGCUAAAGAAACUGUUGUGGUAGAGCUUUCGAGGAUUAAAAACGCCAAUGAAGCUCUUCAGCGACACCAUGAAGAAGACAUUAGCAAACUACGUGCAGAGCACGAUUGGGCGAAACAAGAUUAUCAGCGUCAAUUAAGAGAAGUCCAAACAGCAGCGGAAGCUGAUGCUGAACUUGUACGAGCGGAACAUGAUCAGACAAAACAAGAUUUUCAACGGCGAUUAGAACAAGCUCACAAGACAGCGGAAGCCAGUAUCGAAAGUGUACGAGCUGAAAACGAUCGGGCAAUUCAAAAUCAUCAAAGACAACUAGAACAUGCUCAAAAGACGGCGGAGGCUAAUGCUGAACGUGUGCGGCGACGGACAGAUGCGGAAAUUGUGGAUCUUCAGGGUAAGAUCGAGCGAUUAGAAGCAGAUCUUGCCAAGGCAAACAAGAACCAUGUCCAGGAUUUGCAAACCGCGCACGAUGAGUACAUGGCUAGUAAGAUUGAACAAGAUGCACGCUCAAAGCGUGCGGAAGAAAAAGCUAAAGAAACGGAGGAACGAACUAGCACCGUGCAUGAUCAAAUGGCUAAAGCGGAAGUGGCUUUGCAGAACAAAGAUGCCGCGAGACAGGCGGCUCAGAGUGAACUUGAUGACCUACUAAUGGUUUUCGGCGAUCUGGAGGAGAAAGUGACGAAGUACAAGGAUCGAUUAAAGAUCCUGGGAGAAAGUGUCUCCGACGAUGAUGACGAUGACGAGGAAGAAGAUGAGUCCGGAGUGGAUUGA